UCAUGCAGGAAAUAUACUCUCAUAGUUAGUCAGCAACCUUUACGUGCUCGAAUGUGUGGAUUCGGAGAAAAAGAUCGGCGACCGAUCGACCCACCGCCGAUCGUACAAUUAGUAGUAACUGACGAGAAGGGGAAUCCUGACACUGGGUGA